AGUUCAAAGUUCAAGGACGCAUGUGGGUGUCAGUGUGUAUGCGAUCAUCUGUUCAUUUUCUCGUAGUAGAUAAGUAUUAGUAUUUGUUUUCCGACUGUUGCGGCCCUGUGCUCCUCAAGUCGUAGCAGGGACUAAACAUUUGUCUUCCGAUCAUGCAUGGUUUUCGACAAGCAGUGUUACUACUGCGAAAUGUCAGUGCAAAUCUUAUUACUUGUCGAAAAUUGACAGGACAGGCUCUGAACAGAACAUGCCUAUACGACUUCCAUGUCUCACGGGGUGCAAAGGUGGUGCCCUUUGCUGGAUGGGAGAUGCCAGUGCAAUACCAGACAAGUAUUACAGAAGAACAUUUGCAGGUUCGAAAUUCUGUAGGAAUAUUUGAUGUCUCACACAUGCUGCAGACACAUGUGACAGGCAAAGACAGAGUGGAAUACAUGGAGAGCCUAGUGGUUGGUGACAUUCGAGGCUUGAAAGAGAACACUGGAACCCUAACAGUCUUCACGAAUGACAAGGGGGGGAUUUGUGAUGACCUUAUUGUCUCCAAUACAUCAGACGGUUUUCUCUAUGUUGUGUCCAAUGCAGGCUGCAUAGAUUCAGACUGGGCUCUCAUGAGUUCAACAGCUGAAAAGUUCCAGAAGAAUGGGAAGGAUGUUCAGAUUGGAAGAAACACUAAUGCUUUGAUUGCAGUGCAAGGUCCUCGUAUGAAAGAAAUAGUGCAGCCUGUUGUUAACUUUGACCUUUCCUCUUUGCCCUUCAUGUCAACACAUGUUGGGGAAGUUUGUGGUGUGCAUAACUGCAGAAUUACACGAUGUGGUUACACAGGGGAAGAUGGAGUGGAGAUUUCGAUUCCUUCUGUUGCCGUGGUAGAUAUCCUGGAAGUGCUGCUGUCAUCGCAGAAAGCUAGUGUAAAGAUGAUUGGACUUGGAGCCCGUGACAGCUUGAGGCUUGAAGCAGGACUUUGCCUCUAUGGCAGUGAUAUUGAUGAAACUACUACACCUGUAGAAGCUUCCCUUACCUGGUUGAUAGGAAAACCUCGAAGAACAAGAGCUGACUUCCCAGGUGCUAAAAUUAUUUUGGAACAGAUUGCUUCCAAACCAUCUCGCCGUCGAGUAGGCUUUAUAUCUACGGGGCCUCCUGCCAGAAGUGGUGCUGAUAUCUAUGACGAGUCUGGAAGUAAGCUCAUUGGCAAAGUGACAAGUGGAUGCCCUUCCCCAUCCUUGAAGAAGAAUGUUGCUAUGGGUUAUGUAAGCACGGACUCUGCUAAAAAUGGCACCAAAGUCAAGUUUGAGAUAAGGAAAAAGCUAUUUGAUGCAGAAGUAACCAAAAUGCCAUUUGUACCUACUGGCUAUUACUUUACAAAGUGAGAGUUGUUGAAAAUUUUUCUGGUUUGGUUUGAUUAGUCGAUCUAAAUCCUGUCAAAAUCUGUAUUUAGCAGAUUGCUUAUUGUACGAUUGCCAAAAAUGAUAACCUUGUUGCAUUUCCAAGUAAAAUGCCAAAUCAGUAAUGUGUAGAUGUUCCUUGAUGCUAACGAUUCUACUGAUAAAGUCUACAGUAUUACUCUUGUGCCUUUUAAUAACAUUCUAGUUUUACAUUCAACUGUGGUAUUCAUUGUGCAAAAAUAUUUCAAUAUUUUCAUGAAUAUCAAUGGAAGGAUGAUGUACCUCCACAGAAUGUUUGGAUUUUUGAUAUUCACUUUCAUGCGACAUUUAAACUUUUUUCUAUGACUUUAAAAGAGCCAGUAUUUACUGAAAUUUUAUACAUGAUGAUACAUGAUGCACUGUCAUAUAUUUAACAAUAUUUUUAAUUCUAUUUUUCCCACGUUGCAACCUAUUAUUGUUGUUACGGUACUUAUGAUCUUGGUUGUGUGAAUCAUUUGAAAACAUCUUUUCUUGUUGAUAUGGCAGAACCAAGUAUCUAAUACUAUGUGGAAGAGUACUUUGCUCAUAUUUUACCAAAAAAAAUCAACUAUGCCAGUUAUGUGGUCCCAAGCACCAUGUGUGUAUCUUAGUUGUACUUGUUGGCAAUCAAAUCCAUAGACUAUAAUAGCCAACAAAGCAUUUAUUUUGUUUCAGGGCAUAUGAUACAAAAGCCUCUUUUCACAAAUUGUCAGUGGAUUAAAAGGGAAAAUCUGUUGAAAGCAUGUGAUUUUAAAUCUACUUGUGUAUUAUUUUCCCAUACCUCCACCAUUACUAAUCAGUGCUGCCUCCUUUUCUUAUCAAAAGUUUUUUCCAGUUUUCCCUCCAAAUCUUUGUGGUCCCUGGGAUUCUAUGUUGUAUUACUAUUUUAUAUAUAUAUUUGCUGAUUCUAUCUGGAUCCAUGCCAUUAGUCUGAGUGGUUCUCCACACAGUAUUAUCUGCCUCUAUGCAUUUAAAAUUUUUAUUUUUUUGAUAACUUGAUGAUUAGCGGUACAUGUAUUAACUCACAUUUCUGAAUGGUUUACCAUUUUUAUUGAAAAUCUCAUUUAAAAUCAGAAAUAUUCCAUAUGAAAUGUGUGUCAGCAACAAAAGUGCUAUUUCUCAUUUAUUUAACAUACCAUGUUUGUGUACGCUCGCUGUACUUUUGCUUAAAAUAUUCUCCCCUUGCCUUUUCUAAUAGCUUAAACAAGUACCCUUAAUUUAUAAUUAGACUUGAAAAAUUUGUUGAAAAUGAUCAAUAUUAUGCAUUAAAGAGGUGCAAACAAAAGUUGACACAAACCACUUUUUGAAUUAAGACCAGAGCACGUAGUCAAGUCUUACUAUAGCCAAGCUGCAAGCUGUCUGUGGUUCUGAGACCCAUCUUUCUGAAAAUAAUUCCAAAUAUGUUUGUAUAUAUUUUUUUUGCAAGCUGAAGCAUUACUGGAAGGAGAAGCUUUUUGUAGGAUCAAUUUAGCCACCUAUUCUGAAUGACCACAAAUAAAAACAUCUAUGUAUUGCUGGUUGCUCAUGGUCUUGUAAACAAACUGCUUUUAAAUUACACGUGGCAUCCAGGAUAUUUACUUGUGCAUAGACAGCAUGUUGACUGGUUGAAAGCUGGAGCUAGCACCUCAUUCUAAUGUUUAUGGAACUGGCUCUGUGAGAGUGACUCUAAAGCAACAUAUACACAUAAACAAUGUAUUGCCUAUUGUAUUGUAGAUAGUUUUGCCUGUGGAUGAUUUCCAUUCUUACAAACACUAACUAGACUGACAUAAAAAAAAUGGAUUUUUUUUUUGUUUGUAGAUCUGCAUGGUUAAUCAAUAUUUGUGGAUGAUCUAAUUAAAAAAAACCCCAAGGGA